AUGGCUUUGGUAUUCUUUCCACUGAUUUCCCUUCUACUUUUACUGCUGGUCAGGACCGAUGCUCAAACCGUCGGUAACCUAACGGUGGGUGCUUCUCUCUCCGCUGAUGAAAACUCCCAUCCAUGGAUAUCUCCCUCGGGUGAUUACGCCUUUGGUUUUCACCAACUCAGCUCUGACAAAAGUCUCUUCUUGCUUGCUAUCUGGUACAACAAGAUACCAGACAGAACUCUUGUUUGGGUGAACAGCUAUGGAAUUCUGAGGUUAGUAACGGGGCUUCAGGUAGCUGUGAAAAGAUUGAAUACGUUGGUACAUGGUCAUGCUGAGAAAGAAUUCAAGACUGAAGUGAAUGUAAUCGGCCAAACGCAUCACAAGAACCUCGUACGAUUGCUCGGAUUCUGUGAUGAGGGAGAGAAUAGGUUACUGGUUUAUGAGUAUUUGAGCAAUGGCACUCUAGCAAGCUUCCUUUUUGGUGGCUUAAGGCCUAGUUGGAUUCAAAGAACUCAAAUUGCCUUUGGGAUUGCAAGGGGGCUCCUCUAUUUGCAUGAAGAAUGCAGCACACAGAUUAUUCACUGUGAUAUAAAGCCUCAGAACAUUCUGCUUGAUGAGUACUACAACGCAAGGAUUUCAGACUUUGGUUUGGCAAAGCUUUUGAUGUUGAAUCAGAGCCAGACCAAUACAUAUAUACGAGGGACAAAAGGAUACGUGGCGCCGGAGUGGUUUAGGAACCUGCCGAUAUCCGUGAAGGUGGAUGUAUAUAGCUUCGGAGUGCUGCUGUUAGAACUCACAUGUUGCCGAAAAAGUGUAGACAUGGAGAGCAGCAGCGAGGAGAGAGCAAUUCUAACCGAUUGGGCUUACGACUGCUACCUCGAAGAAACAUUAGAUUUGCUGGUUGAAAACGACGUUGAUGCCCAGCAUGACCUAGCAAAAGUAGAGAGGUUCGUGCAAGUUGCCAUAUGGUGUAUUCAAGAAGAUCUGUCGCUGAGACCCACCAUGAGAGAGGUCACACAGAUGCUUGAAGGAGUUGUGCAAGUACCAGCUCCACCAUGUCCAUGUCCAUAUGCUUCAACUGCAUGA